GCGGGAAUAUGGAAUGGAGUAUGGAGUGUGUUUUUGUUAAUAAGUUAUAGAGUUAAUAAUAUAGUUAAUUAUUUUAUGGUGUAGGCGGGUAUUAAAUAUAAUUAUAAUGUCUGGUGAGGUAACAACAGGAAAAACACUCGUAGAUCUCCUACAAACUUACUACCACAGGUUAUUCCCUUCUUUACCUCUUUAUCACUGGUUAAGUUAUGGAAAGGCUUUCACGUUCUCUAAAAGAGAAAUAUCCUUUACGCUACCAGGAGAUGUGUAUAUACGAUACCUAUCGUACGAUACACACCGAGAUUUCGUAGACGAUUUGUAUAAAAAGGUACCAGUAAAAAUAGAUAUUGGAUGCAUAUACCUUACUAGACCAAAAGAGAAAAAUGCGCUAACUAAGAUAACUCCUGAGUCAAAGGAGAUAGUUUUCGAUAUAGAUAUGACCGAUUACGAUGAUAUUAGAACAUGUUGUUCCGGAGCAAAUGUAUGUAUAAAAUGCUGGAAGUGGAUGGCGAUAGCCUGUAAAAUUAUUGAUACAGCAUUAAAGGAGGAUUUUGGCUUUAACCACGUAUUAUGGGUGUUUUCUGGUAGAAGAGGUAUUCAUGCCUGGAUCUCGGAUAGUUCAGCUAGAGAUUAUGAUGAUAACAUCAGAUUGGGUAUAGUAGAGUAUUUAACUGUGGUAAAAGGAGGCUUGGGUACAACAAAAAAAGUACAGUUGUCUCAGAUACAUCCUUCAUUAAAAAGGGCAUUAGCAAUAAUCGAUCAGUAUUUUAUAGAGGAUAUUGUAAAAGCUCAGGAUAUUCUGGGAACACAGCAAAGGCUAGACAACUUUUUGAAGGUUAUCGAUGUUGAAAUAAGAAAGCCGAUUGGGGAUAGCAUGGGGCAAUGCAAAAGCUCAGAGGAGCGCUGGCAGGCGUUUGAACAUACUUUUAAAGAUCUUCUGCGAAAAGGUAACGUUCCAAAAGACGAAUGCUAUCUUUUUGAAGAGUUAAAACUGUUCUAUGCUUAUCCUCGCCUGGACCUAAACGUUACGAAGGGGAUAACUCACUUGUUAAAAUCUCCUUUCUGCGUUCAUCCGAAGACUGGGAAAAUAUGCGUUCCGUUUGAUGUGAAAGAAGUGGAUAAUUUUGAUCCAAAAAAUGUGCCUACUCUUGAGCAAUUGUUCAAUGAACUUGACGCUUACAAUAAAAAAGCCAAAGAACUAGAGGAAGCGGCUAUGGAGGCUAAAGAAACGGCCACCAAUAAGGUCAAGAUAAAGGAUUACAGAAAAACGAGCCUUCUAGGACCGGUAAAUGUGUUCAAAGAAUUCCUGAGAAAUAUGGGGAAGAACGGGGCAAACAAAACAGCCGAAACGGAUCUCACUUUUUAAGUUAUGUUGAUUUAUUAUUUAAUUGAUUUAUUAUGUUUUUUUUUACUUGAUUGAAUUAUAACGUUUUUUUU